AGACUCGACUGCAGGCCCGGUCGACCAUGUGCGCGAGUCGUACAGGGACUAUCCGAAGCCGGGAAGAGCUCAGGGUGUAGCAGCAUUUUGUACAACUCCUCCGUUCGGUGUUUCAUAUUCGUACAUUCAGAUCAGAUCAGGGAAGCUGAAGCUGUUUACCUACUUCGCAAAAGUUUGAGUGGACAUCUACCAGACUGGUGGUGAUCUUGGCGGAAAGCAAUGACUAGCUAUCACUUGGAGUAAAACAAUCGACAAUUCCAGAAUUGCUGUGACUGGCGCUCCCAAAAGCAGAUGUCAAUCUCAUCUUGUGCAAAUAAUUCUAGUGCUUUGGCUGUUACUUGCCGCAGAACAAGUAUCUGACUGAUGUGUGUAGCUUCCUGAAACUGUUUACCCGAGCCGUCAGGGAGCUGAGCCUGUGAAUGGGCGAGUCUGAUGGAGGAGGGAGCAUCAGCGGAGGAGGAGUUGGACUUGUGUUGGGACGAUGAUGAUCUCUCCGCGCUGCCUGAGCUUGACGAAGCUACGCUUCUGAGGAAGCUUCAUGAGCGUUAUGACCGGGGCAGAAUUUAUAGCUAUGUCGGAGAUAUCCUCAUCGCCAUCAAUCCCUUCAGACGAAUUCCUUUGUACGACGAUAAGCACCAUGAGCUAUACAACAGAAUGGACAGCAUGCAAGAUGUGGCUCCACACAUCUUUGCAAUCGGUGAUUGUGCCUACAGGGCCCUCUGUGUUACCGGGAGUGAUCAGGUGGUUGUUAUUAGCGGUGAAAGUGGUGCCGGAAAAACGGAAACAGCCAAGCACCUAAUUCGUCAUGUCCUCCAAGUUUGUCAUUCCACCCACUCCGACAUUGGUGACCAGAUCCUGAAGGUGAAUCCGCUUCUGGAAUCUCUCGGCAAUGCUGGCACGGUGAUGAACAAGAACAGCAGUCGGUUUGGCAAGUUUUUACGUCUCCACUUCACCCACCAAGGAACGAUUACUGGCGCCAGUCUGGCUCACUAUCUGCUUGAGAAGUCGCGAGUGGUCCAGCAGAACAAGAGCGAGAGCAACUUCCACAUCUUUUAUCAGCUUAUGGCUGGACUGAGUGUGGAACAGAAGGGUCGCCUGGGCUUGACAGAAUACCGUGAUUUCAAGUACUUGAAUAACUCAGGCACCUCGGUCGACUUACCAAGCCAGUCGCAACUCAGAGAUCAGUUCGAUGAGCUCCAGCAAGCCAUGUCUAUUGUUGGAUUUGAAGAAUCGGACAUCAAUGGUCUUGUGUCAUCCAUUGCGGCGAUCUUGCACAUCGGCAACCUGUCAUUCACUGACAAAUCGGACAAGGCCAAGCUGCUCAACCCCGACCUACUUUCCCAUGUGGCGUCUCUGAUUGGUGUAGACUCUGCACAGCUGCUAGCUGCACUAACACUGCAAGUUACCGUGGCCUGUGGAGAGACUAUCAAGCGCUUCAACACGAAAAAGCAGGCAAUUGAGUUCCGCGACAGCCUGGCCAAGCUCAUUUACAGCUGUAUCUUCGAGUGGGUUAUUAGUUUGCUCAACACUAUGCUAUCGCCAGAAGGUAUUGACGUCAAGUCGAGCACAACCAGUAUUGAUGGCAAGACAAGCGCAGCACCCCCGGAACCAAGUCCAGAACUUGGGGAUGCUGACAUUACGAAGGUCGCCGAGUCUCGGAGAGCUCCUGACAUCUGCGUGCUUGACAUCUUUGGAUUUGAGAACUUCUCCUACAACUCCUUCGAGCAGUAUUGCAUCAACAUCGUUAACGAGCAACUGCAUUACUACUUCAACCAGUGUAUAUUUGCUUGGGAACUACAAGAGUACGCACGCGAGGGCAUCCACGGCGCAGAUGGCGUUUCCUACACUAACAACCAGGAAACUGUCCAGCUGUUUUUUGGCAAGCCCCUGGGUAUGCUGGCGCUUUUGGACGAAGAGUCGAAGCUGCAAAAGGCCACCGCGUUGACGCUCUGCUCCAAGUUCUCACACAAUUGCAAGAGCCACCCGUCAUUCGUAAAGUCAAAGCAGCAGAGUCGUCCGCUGUUUGCAAUCAUGCACUAUGCAGGAAAGGUUGAUUAUGAUGCAUCAUCGUUCCUAUCUAAGAACCAGGACACCAUAAGUGAUGCCAUAAUUAGCUGCUUGCAAGAGUCAUCGAAUGAGUUCAUUCAGACUGCUAUCAACACUCACACCAAGAAUCAGGCGCUAUACAGUGGUGAAAUGCCCAAGAAUGUCGGCAAUGUCCUGUUGAAGUGUGAAAUACCUGCGUUCCAGGUGUCCAGCAAGUCAAUAUUGUCAGGAGGCUCAAAGCGGCUGCCCGACCACCAGGACUCGUAAGUCUUCUGUCCUCGUGUAUUGUUGUAUGGAUGG